GGAGCCCGGACUACUUCAGUCUGUCUGCCAGCUUUGGUACCCGGUGCUCCGGUGGCGACACUGGGUCUACAGCAGGGAGGACGAAUAGGACAGGUCAUAGGGUGCCUCCUGAAGAACUACCAUGUCUGAGAAUAGUACAUUUUCCCCAGAAGACUGCAACAGCAGCUAUAAACCCCACGCCUCAAAUCUGCGAAGGGCAGGGAAGACAUGCUCAUGGGCUUCCUAUAUGACCAACUCCCCAACACUCAUUGUUAUGAUUGGCUUGCCAGCCCGGGGUAAAACUUAUGUGUCUAAGAAACUAACACGCUACCUCAACUGGAUUGGAGUACCCACCAAAGUGUUUAAUCUUGGGGUAUAUCGACGUGAAGCAGUCAAGUCCUAUCAGUCUUAUGAUUUCUUUCGACAUGACAAUGAAGAGGCUAUGAAGAUCCGCAAACAGUGUGCUCUGGUGGCACUGGAAGAUGUUAAAGCCUAUUUUACUGAAGAGAGUGGGCAGAUUGCGGUGUUUGAUGCCACCAAUACCACUCGGGAGAGGAGGGACAUGAUUUUGAACUUUGCCAAGCAGAAUGCCUUCAAGGUAUUUUUUGUAGAAUCUGUCUGUGAUGAUCCUGAUGUCAUUGCUGCCAAUAUUCUGGAGGUAAAAGUGUCGAGCCCUGACUACCCCGAAAGGAAUAGGGAGAAUGUGAUGGAGGACUUCCUGAAGAGAAUUGAGUGCUACAAGGUCACUUACCAGCCCCUUGACCCAGACAACUAUGAUAAGGAUCUUUCUUUCAUAAAGGUGAUAAAUGUAGGCCAGAGAUUCCUGGUCAACAGAGUUCAGGACUACAUCCAGAGUAAGAUUGUCUACUACCUGAUGAAUAUCCACGUCCAUCCUCGCACCAUCUACCUUUGCCGGCACGGCGAGAGCGAGUUCAACCUUUUGGGGAAGAUUGGGGGUGACUCUGGCCUCUCCGUGCGAGGAAAGCAGUUUGCUCAUGCUCUGAAGAAGUUUCUGGAGGAACAGGAGAUCCAGGACCUUAAAGUGUGGACGAGCCAGUUGAAGAGGACAAUUCAGACUGCUGAGUCUCUUGGGGUGACCUAUGAGCAGUGGAAGAUCCUCAAUGAGAUUGAUGCUGGCGUGUGUGAGGAGAUGACAUAUUCAGAGAUUGAGCAACGGUACCCAGAGGAAUUUGCACUCCGAGAUCAAGAGAAGUAUCUGUACCGAUACCCUGGUGGGGAGUCCUACCAGGACCUGGUGCAGCGGCUGGAGCCUGUCAUCAUGGAGCUAGAGCGUCAAGGCAACAUCCUCGUUAUCUCUCACCAGGCUGUCAUGCGCUGCCUCCUGGCCUACUUCUUGGAUAAAGGCGCAGAUGAGUUACCAUACUUGAGGUGCCCCCUGCACAUCAUCUUCAAACUUACUCCUGUGGCCUAUGGUUGCAAAGUGGAAACAAUUACUCUGAAUGUGGAUGCUGUAGACACACAUCGUGACAAGCCAACUCACAACUUCCCCAAGAGCCAAACCCCUGUAAGGAUGAGAAGGAACAGCUUUACGCCUCUGUCCAGUUCGAACACAAUAAGGCGUCCAAGAAAUUACAGUGUUGGGAGCCGACCCCUCAAGCCCCUCAGCCCUCUCCGUGCUCUGGACAUGCAAGAAGGGGCGGACCAGCCGAAGACCCAAGUCAGCAUUCCGGUGGUGUAACUGUGUGUUUCCCUCCAGCUUUGGCCUCUUGCCCUUGCCACUAAUCAACCAAGAAGUCAUUUAACUUCCCCCCACUCCUGUCCCAACGUUAAUCUGAAAACAGAAUCUGAGCUCAUGCGUGUGCAGAGCAGCCUCAGCCAUUCUCUAGUGUAAACACGUCACCCGGGGGCAAGAUGGCAAGUUGGGUCUUUAGGACAUGUCCCCAGAUGGGAUGAUCUGAAAGAAGAGGAGCCAAGCAUGAGUCAUAGACUUGGUUCUUCUGUUUCCUGAUGUCUGACCCAGUCUGUGAAGUCUGUGUGUGUGUAUGUGUGUGUAUGUAUGCAUGUGUGUGUAUGUAUGUGUGUGUGUGUAUGUAUGUAUGUGUGUGUAUGUAUGUAUGUAUGUGUAUGUAUGUAUGUGUGUGUAUGUAUGUAUGUAUGUGUGUGUAUGUAUGUAUGUAUGUGUGUGUAUGUGUAUGUAUGUGUGUGUAUGUAUGUAUGUAUGUAUGUGUGUGUAUGUAUGUAUGUGUGUGUUUGUGUAUGUGUGUGGAAGGGGGGUUGUUGGGAGGGGAUGUGGGAUAGUGUGAGAUGUAACAACCUAAUUGUCCUUCACAUGUGUCCUUUAAGUCUAUCCUUAUAUCCUUAACUUCCCUGUCCUAUAGCUUCUCUUUGGGUUGUCUGGUGUGAUGCAUGGCAGUAUGAUGUCUUAAAGUAAGGGACUGUUGAUAAGUAUCUAAGCCCCAUUGGUGCUGUGUGCACUCGGGAAUGGAUCUACACUGGGAGAGUCUUUUCCCUUCCCUUCUCCCUUCCUCUCCAGCCAGGUCCAGCAAGGGUCAGCCCAGGC